AUGGGUCUCACUGAGGACUUGAAGGCCAACCCUCCUUGUCAUCCUCGCGCUUGCGCAAUCCAAGACUGCUUGACGAGAAACAGCUUUAAGGAAGACAGAUGCCAGUCGGCCAUCAUGGCUUUAUACGAAUGCUGCGAGGCCUUCUACCGAUUCAAGGGUAGCCAGACAACCACCGUUAGCUGCCCCAAGCCCGAUCUGCUACAGUUGAAACUCAACAGACUGCGUGAAGAGUUACAAGUGGCAAAGAAAUAG